UUUCAAACUUUUCCGUGCCUUUCUUUCAAACAAAUCACAAUUAAUGGAACUUAAAAAUAUUACUCGUUCAAUAAAUAUGUUGAAAUCUGAAGAGAAUAAUAUACAAAUAUGGAAAGUCCAUUCACAGCCUGGAAUGCCUGCAGAAAUAUUUUCUGGGCCAGAAAGUGAAAGAAAACUUUUAGAUUUUUUUGAUGACAAAAAAAUUGUGUAUUCUACUUUAAUUGAAGAUUUUGGGCUCCAAAUGCGCGUUUCCGGCGAAACUCUCCGUUAUGAAUUACUAGAUGAAUGGGAUGAAGAAUUAAUUACAAGUAUCGAAGAAUUUGAUUUGGGGCGGUAUCAUCGAUAUAAUUCCAUAAUUCAAUACAUGCAACUAAUUGCAAAAGAAAAUCCAAAAAUUGCAAAAUUUGAGAGUAUUGGGAAAACAACGGAAUUGAGAGAGUUGGGUGUAUUGAAGGUAAAUAUCAAAAUUAGAUCUAUCUCAACCAUGUACAUAUAUUUUAAAAGGGACGAAAGGGAGGGAGAAGCUGACCAUUCUGUACAAUUGUGUCCGGAAAAGUCCGUAGGGAUAACCCACAAGUACCUUUAA